GUGUGUCGAGUUUUAAAGUUUUAAUCUAUGUUUGAGAUUGAUGAGUCGAUGAAGUCAGUAGUUAUGUAAUACUAUGAAAAGGACGAGGAUGAAGCCGCUUAUAUUCAUCAACUGGCUCUUUAUUGCAUUUAUGGUUCCAUUGGCUCAAGCAGAUCUAGAAGUUUGUACAAGGGGAGAGUUGGGAAGUACCAUAUCACUGUCGUGUCCUAAUGAACUGCAAAUUUGGAUAACAACUGCUUCUCAUAUGGCAUGUGACGGUGAUAAUAUAGGAUCUUGCCCAUGUACUAGCGAAUCUUGUGAUUUCGCAUCUACUCAAAAAACAAACUGUCCCUUGUGUAGUUCAAUGAAUUGCGAAUAUAUGACAAAAAUUUGCUAUGUAUGCGUAAAGUCAACUGCAGCGUACAAAAAUAGAUUAAUGCAUUUAUAUUGCAAUGAUGCGGAAUCUUUAAAGAUCUUAGAUGUUUCAUAUGCAACAUAUGAACCCAAAAAUACCAUGUCACUGUGGUUAAAAAUGGUCAAGUAAUGACUGUAACAAGAAUGUUGGUGUAAAUGACCGUAAACAGAUACGCCUAAAAGAACUAAAGGAACAUUGCAACGGACAUACGUAUUGUAAAUCUGUAUAUGCACAGCCAUAUGGUAACUGCAGAGGGAAAAGAUUUAUAUUUGAAGGAAUUCUGUAUACGUGUAUCAGCGCACAUAAUAAUAAUACAAUUCCUGUAGAGAACCAACAUCUUCCUUCU